AUGGGAACAUCUGCUUGGACUUCUCUCGCGCUCUCAUUUCAUUUGGGGGGGCGUCCCAACCUUCCUAUUCGGAAUUCAUCAAGCACUCGACACGUUUUGGAUGUCGCCAUCUUUGCACUAACGACUUUUUCGGUUGCAUUUCGCAAAUUUAAAGCGGCUGAGGGGAAUUAA